UUGAAGUAAAGAUGUCACUUUCUUUUUUGUCUUAACUAACAUAAACUAUGAGCUCGUCAGGAUUAUUAGCAUUAUGUUGAGCCGGUUAUGCUAACUUCCUGCGGAGAAGCGUCAGGAGAUGUCAAGCGCUUAGAGGCUUCAGUUUCGCUCGCCCAGAUCCUCAAGACGUGUUAAGGGAGAGCUACACCGACAAGAGCUGGGAAAAGACAUGGCGCGUUUGGUAGCCGUUUGCAGAGACGGGGAAGAGGACUACCUCUUCCUCGCAAGACAGAUUCCCCUGUAUAUUGAUGACUCGCUCACGAUGGUGAUGGAAUUUCCUGAGAGCGUAUUGGACUUUGACAGUCAUCAGAUCAACAGUUCACUAAUGAAGCAGUUUAUUGAGCACCACGGCAUGCUGAAGCAGCAGGACCUGAACAUGGCACUGAUGGUGAUGUCGCGUGAGGUGUUUGGUGCGCUGGCCCAGCUGGUGCCGUGCGUGGGCUGCCGGCGCAGUGUAGAGCGCCUCUUCUCCCAGCUCAGCGACUCAGGCUACCUCGCCCUGGAGCCACUGACCGUGGGCUCGGCCAGCGUGCUUUCCGUGACCAGGGCCUGCCUGGCGGACCCACGCAAGCUCUACGCACUCUUUUACGUCCACGGGUCAAAGUUGAAUGACAUUAUUGACGCCAUUCCCAAAAGCAAAAAGAACAAACGCUGUCAGUUGCAUUCUUUGGACACGCACAAGCCCAAGCCCUUAGGAGGGAGCUGGAUGGACGUGUGGGAGCUGAUGUCCCAGGAGUGCCGGGAUGAGGUAGUCCUGAUCGACAGUGCUUGUCUGCUGGAGACUCUGGAGACUUACCUGCGCAAGCACAGGUUCUGCACGGACUGCAAGAACAAGGUUCUGCGGGCCUACAACAUCCUGGUGGGCGAGCUGGACUGCAGCAGCGAGAAGGGCUACUGUGCCGCGCUGUACGAGGGCCUGCGCUGCUGUCCACACGAGCGCCACAUCCACGUGUGCUGCCAGACCGACUUCAUCGCCCACCUGCUGGGCCGCGCCGAACCCGAGUUCGCCGGCGGCUAUGAGCGCAGGGAGAGGCACGCCAAGACCAUCGACGUGGCCCAGGAGGAGGUGCUGACGUGCCUGGGCAUCCACCUGUACGAGCGCCUGCAUCGCAUUUGGCAGAAGCUGCGGGCCGAGGAGCAGACGUGGCACAUGCUCUUCUACCUGGGCAUCGACGCGCUGCGCAAAAGCUUCGAGACGGCGGUGGAGAAGGUGCAGGGCAUCAGCCGGCUGGAGCAGCUGUGUGAGGAGCUGUCGGAGGAGGAGCGGGCCAAGGAGCUGAAGCAGGAGAAGAAGAGGCAAAAGCGCAAGAACAGGCGCAAAAACAAGUGCGGCUUCGACAUGUCUGGGCAUGAGACCGAGGGCGACAAAGACAAGAACCUGGAUGAGGGGUCGACGGACUCGGCGGACAGAGGCUGCAAGUCGUGCGGCAGCGGCUCGGAGUCCGGCGGCAGCGUGGAGGCGAUCGUGCCAGCGGAGAGCUCUUCCUGCAGCUGCCCUGCCGCCUCCAUCCUGGGCUCGCCCAAAACCGAGAAAGGUCUCUCGUCUCACAGUAACGGCAGCGACUGUGGCUACUCCUCCAGCAUGGAAGGCAGCGAGACGGGCUCCAGAGAAGGCUCGGACGUGGCGUGCACCGAGGGCAUGUGCAACCACGACGAAUCAGGCGAGUUCUCGUGCAGUCACCGCUGCUCGGAGGACAAGGAGGAGACCGGCGCAGACAGCUGCGUGGAGUGCUGGGUGAACCUGGAGGAGCACACCAAGAGCAAGAAGAAGAAAAGGAGGAGCAAGGGCUCGUUGUGCGGCUACCAUCACGGUCUGAAGGCAAAGCUGUGCACGCCAGAAGGUCACCGGGGAGGCCUGCCCGUCUCAGGGGACCAGCCCACCGCUUCGCUGCCACACCGCUGUCAGGAAACGACGUGUCCAGAGACGUGCUGCGGCUCAUUCGCCAACGUCGUCCAGAGGCUCCCCUGGGCCGAGGAGCAGGGGAAGGGCCCCGGCAGCCCGGUCCAGACGCCCCCGUCCGACACCUGCACACAGAGCGACGGCACCACCAAGAGCCUCAUGGAGCUGCUGCAGGAGGAGGCAGAGGCGUUGUCGGACGAGGAGAACUGCCUGACACAGGAUGAGAUCCAGUCGUUUGUGGAGGAGAACAAGUCAUUCUACAGCACACGAGACCAGUACAGACAGCACCUGAAAGAUCGCUUCACCAAAUACUGCCACUCCAGUGUGUGUAGAGGAGAGUGGUUUCCUACUACCAGUGUCAACUAAACAUCACGCGCACGCGCACUCGAUUUUUAUGGAUGGAGGGGGAAAACACUCAAGUAUCAAACACAAUAAAUUCCAGAGCUGUGUCUAAUGCAUUAGAAAGUUUAUUUUUGUCCACCCUCCACAAACCCUCCCCACAUCCAUCUUCUCAAUUCCUACAUCUCUGUUUUCUCUCCUCUUUAUCAGUCUUGUUUCUUUCAAAUUCCCUUUGAAAGAAGGACGGGCUCACUCAUUCCUCCAGCCUUCCUCACCACGUCUGGCACUUUUGGUUCGGUUUAUUUUUGUUUCUGGAUUUGUUGGUUUAUGGAGUGGGUUAUUAAGGGUGUGGUGGAAUUGGUAUUGAAGCUUGUAAACUGUAGGGUUAGAUUGCAGUAGUCUCCUUGUCUUAUUGUUUCUAUGAACGUUCUCUUUAUUUCCCAAUUGCUUCAUGGACUGUGACACUCUCUAGUAGGGGGAAAAGUUGUACCGAUAAAUGUGUACAGAAAUGAAAUUAAAAGAAUAUAAAGCUUUUACAGGAAGACAAAUGUCCAUUUAUAAGGACGUUUGGGUGUAACGGUGAGCGCGAUGUGCAAAAUUUACAUAAUAAAGAGUAUUUAUUAAUAAGCAUUAAAA